AUGCUCGUUGAACAAGCCGGGCGCAAGCACCAAGAGUUGCAUGUCAUGUGGCACGACUUUGCCAACGCUUUUGGUAGCGUGCCACACGACUUGCUAUGGGAAGCGCUGAAAUAG